AUGCCUGCCAUUCGAGGACAAGACAGUAAGAAGAAGACGCGUCGCCAUACCCGCGACCUCGAUCAGAUCCAUGCCGACCUGCGCGACGAGAAGCAUCUGGCAGAAUUCAAGCAUGCAAAGCCCGUAGAGGAUCUGCCUGGCCUGGGCCAGCACUACUGCAAGGAAUGCGCAAAGUUUUUUGAGAGUGAAGCCAACUUUGUCGCACAUCAAAAAGGCAAGGUGCACAAGCGGAGAGUAAAGGCCCUGCGCGAUGCGCCCUAUUCCCAGAAGGAAGCAGAGGCUGCCAUAGGCCUCACCACCGACAACGGAAAGCGCACCACCACCUCGAUGGAAGUCGACAACAUCGCAGCAGCCACUUGGGAGACUGGUAGCCGAAUCUGA